CGCUUGUAAGGACGCGUCUGAGCGGGCAGAGGAUCCUCGCCCAUACCGACGGCUGAGAAGGAGGCCGCAGAGCAUGUUAUACUGCAGAAUCUGCGACUCGGAUAUCUUCAUUUUUUGCACUUGCCCGCUAGCCGAGAUGGCCGUCUGCAAGUUGCAUUGUGCCUUUUUUUUACAAGGCCGCGAUCUCACGUUAAUAUGUGAAUGACAUUCGAAAUGAGAUUAUUGGCUGUGAUUGCUGCGGUGUAAUGGUUGCGUCUACCAAAGUGCAAUAGGCAUGAAGGUGAUCAGUCCUGGCUGCUCCCUGGGGUGAGAUAUCUGUUCCGUCCCAGAGCUGAGAAGCCCAGACUGCUGGAUGAGCAUAAGACAGCGAGAGAGAACAAGUGAAGACAAGGGAACGUGGAUGCAGAGAAAAAUCCUCAUCUUGUGGAAUGUUAUAAUCCUCAGAAAACAUCUACUGUAUUGCCCUGACCUUUAUCAUUGAAACACUAAAUUCAUGUUUUGGAGACCAUGUUCAUCUUUCACAACUCAAAUUGUGAAUUGGCUAGUUUGCCAGUGACAGGAAACUGACUGAACAGGUUUUAUUUUCCACAUAUUCGUAUUUUGUCACAGACAAAGUGGGAAACACCUUAUUUUUGUGAAAGCCCCUUUUAUCUUUAAGAUCUACUCUACCUUGUGUACUGUGGGAGUUUCAGUGUUUAAUAGACCUGCUACUUCCUCCACACCCCCUGCUUUCCGCCAGGAACCUUCACCUGGCUGGGAGUGGGUGGUGGGUGGACCAGAUUUUACCGGGUGGAGGGUUGGCUCAGGGGGGUUGUGCUAUGGUCAGCUGCUCCCUACCGUGCUGCUCAUACUCAGCUUCUGAGGCACUCUCUGUGCGGCCACAGGACAAGGGAUAGUAAGCAGAAAGAGGGCUAAGAAAAAGAGGAGGCGGCGCUACGGCGCAGGCCAGGUGUUUUCCUUGGCCAACAGUUCCUAUUUUUUGUGUGCGGUCAUUGCAGUAAGGCCCCAGGGCCCCCGCAGUCUGCCAGACCGCAGCCAUGGUGAAACUGGCCAACCCAAUGUACACCCAAUGGAUUCUAGAGGCCAUCAAGAAGGUGAAGAAGCAGAAGCAGCGACCAUCAGAGGAGCGCAUUUGCAAUGCAGUCUCCAUGUCCCAUGGUCUUGACCGUAAAACGGUUCUGGAGCAGUUAGAGCUUAGCGUCAAAGAUGGCACUAUUCUUAAGGUCACCAACAAAGGUCUAAAUUCCUACAAGGACCCUGACAACCCCGGGCGCUUGGCUCUGCCAAAGCCCAAAGGUGGCAGCAGCUCUGGAGGAGGUGGAGGUGGAGGUGGAGGUGGCAGCAGCAGCAGUGGCGGUGGUAGCAGCUCUCACUCCCAUUCAGGGAAGAAACCAGGACUCGACUGGAACAAGUUGAUCAAACGGGCACUGGAGGGGCUCCAUGAGCCUGGCGGCUCCAGCUUAAAAAACAUUGAGCGCUUUCUCAAGUGCCAGGCUGAUGUUGCGGCCUACUUAUCGGGCAGCGGCUCCAUGGGGCCUGGCCUCUUCCACCAGCAGCUGAGGGUGGCCCUGAAGAGGGCUGUGGCCCAUGGACGCGUGGUAAAGCAGGGUCCACUAUUCCAGAUUGUCAGCCGCAGCAGCUCCCAGGAUGACGGGACCGGGACAGUGUCCCUGGAAUCACUACCACCUGUCCGCCUGUUGCCCCAUGAGAAAGACAAGCCGGUGGCAGAGCCCAUCCCCAUCUGCAGCUUCUGUUUGGGGACCAAGGAGCAGAAUCGCGAUAAGAAGCCGGAGGAGCUCAUCUCCUGCGCCGACUGUGGCAAUAGCGGCCACCCGUCCUGUCUCAAGUUCUCCCCAGAGCUCACAGCGCGAGUCAAGGCGCUGUGGUGGCAGUGCAUCGAUUGCAAGACUUGCAGCAGCUGUCAGGAUCAAGGAAAGAAUGCGGACAACAUGUUGUUCUGUGACUCGUGUGACCGGGGCUUCCACAUGGAGUGCUGUGAUCCUCCCCUCAUGCGAAUGCCAAAAGGCAUGUGGAUUUGUCAAAUCUGCCAACCCAGGAAAAAGGGAAAGAAGCUUUUACACGAAAAGGCAGCACAAAUCAAACGGCGCUACAACGCACCGCUGGGACGGCCGAAGAAUAGGCCAGGGCGGCCCUUCAAGAAGCUUGGUGGGCGCGGUCGGCGGAAGCGCUCGGCCUCAGCCAACUCAUCCUCCAGCUCCUCCUGUGAAGGUUACCCCGGCGACGACAGGCUGCUUUUCUCAAUGCGAGAUGACGACGACAUGUCACAGGGAAGCCUGCGCUUCAACAACAAGACCAAGGGGUUAAUCGACGCCCUCACAAAGUUCUUCACACCGUCGCCUGAGGGCCGCAAGGCACGGCAGGAAGUGGUGGACUACUCACAGCAGUGCCGCAUCAGAAAGAAAGCCAGUCGCAAAGGAGAUGGAGAUGACAGGGGGGACAAUCAGGAAGGCAGCGACUGGCGUGAUGAAGACGACAAACUGCCGGGGCACGAGAACCUGACGGAAAAAGACAUCGAACUGUUCAGACACAUCCAGGAGCUGGCACUACAGAAAGUCGGGGUGACAGGUCCACCAGACCCUCAGAUGCGCUGUCCAUCAGUCAUCGAAUUUGGCAAGUUUGAAAUCCAGACAUGGUACUCCUCUCCCUACCCACAGGAGUACAGCAGACUACCCAAGCUCUACCUGUGUGAGUUUUGCCUGCGCUACAUGAAGAGUCGCAGCAUCCUCUACCAGCACAUGAAGAAGUGCAACUGGUUCCACCCACCUGCCAAUGAGAUCUACAGGAAGGAUGAGGUCUCUGUAUUUGAGGUUGAUGGAAAUGUGAGCACAAUCUACUGUCAGAACCUGUGUCUGCUGGCCAAGCUGUUCUUGGACCACAAGACCCUCUACUAUGAUGUGGAGCCCUUCCUUUUCUAUGUCCUGACCCAGAAUGACAGCAAAGGUUGCCACCUCGUCGGCUACUUCUCCAAGGAGAAGCACUGUCAACAGAAAUACAACGUAUCAUGCAUCAUGAUUCUUCCACAGUAUCAGCGCAAGGGCUACGGACGCUUUCUCAUCGACUUCAGCUAUCUGUUGUCCAAGCGUGAGGGCCAACCGGGAUCACCAGAGAAGCCUCUGUCAGACCUAGGCCGACUGUCCUACAUGGCCUACUGGCGCAGCGAGGUGCUGGAGUGUCUCCAUGAGGUCCGCGAUCAGCAGAUCACCAUACGACAACUCAGCAAACUGACUGGGAUCUGCCCGCAGGACAUCACCACAACCCUGCACAGCCUCAACAUGCUGGAGCAGCGAGGAGACAGGCUGGUCCUGGUGCGAAGGGAGAAACUGGUGUCUAGCCACAUGGCUCGUCUCAAGGCCCGGCCACGGCAGCUGGAAGUCGACCCAGAGUGUCUCCGCUGGACUCCUGUAAUUGUAACAAACACUGUGGUCUCUGAUGCUGAUGGAGAUGAUGACGAGGAUGAGGACGAGGACGAACCAGGGGAAGACAACCGCAAGGAGAUCAAGCCAAGUCACAAGGUCCCACCAAUGUCCUGGCACAUGCGCCAAGGAAAGAAGAGGGAGGAGGAGGAAGAUGACGAUGAUGAAGAAGAGGAAGAUGAGAGAAAGUGCUUCCUGGGGUUUCCCAUGAACCAAAGCUCUCCAACAUCCCCUCCUGUCCGCUGUCCACCACCUGUCCCAGAACCACCACGACCACCUCCCCCAACAAAUGGAGAACGCAGACCACGGGGGCGCCCACCCAAAAACUGGCCUUGGGGUAAGGUGAAGGACAGCCAGCGGGUGGGACGGCCACCUAAGAUCCGCCCAGCAGAGGACGAGGACGAUGAAGAUGAAGAGAGGGCAGAGGGAGGGAAAACAACAGGCUCUGCCAGCAGCCCACCCUCCCUUUUCUCCCUGGAUAGACAAGCAGAGUCCACAGCCUUUCAUACACUGGACAUGGCCAGGCACCCCUCCAUAACCCCCACUCGAAGAGGGCGCCCCCCCAGGAAAAAGAGAGGCCCCAAGCCAAGACGAACGGAAGGUCCUGGAGAGGGGCUGGCACAGUUUCCUAUGGUUUCCAGGCUGAAUGAUUCUCCUCCUCUCAGGAAGAGCUGCUUCAGUGAAAGCAGUGAAGAAGAGGAUGAUGAAGAUGAAGAAGAUGACGAAGAGAGGAGAGCAUGCUCUCCCCCCAUCCUCACCAAGCCUGCCAUGGGGCUCAAAUGCAAGAAGCCCUUGAGGAAACGUCGCUUUCGCCAGCGCAGCCACCCUCACAGCAGCGUGGUGACAGAGACCAUUUCUGAGACCACAGAGGUUUUGGACGAACCCUUUGUAGACUCUGACUCUGAGAGGCCCAUGCCCAGGCUGGAGGAGGAGACGCCACUGGGCCACCCUCUGCGCCGCUACCCCCCUGCCCGCUCAGCUCUGAGGUUGUCAGACCCAGCACCGAAGAGGGGUCGGCACUCCAACAUCACAGAUUCAGAGGAAGACGAGCUAACUCCUGUGCUGAAGCCUGUGGCUGCACUGCCAGCAGCUCCCUCAGAGACCCUAGCGGUCGACCCUGAGGUCCCAGUCAAGAAGAAGAAAGGCUGGCCCAAGGGAAAGAGUCGUAAACCACUGCACUGGAAGAAACGAGGACCUGGAAGACCACCUGGCAGUGGGCCCAACCAGCGAGCAGCCGCAGAUAGCCAGGCCCAGAGUGGGGAUCCUCCGCCCCCCAAAAUUAAGAUGAAGCCUGGGCGCAAGCCUCGAAGCUGGUACCUGCAGCGGGCCCAAGAGGAGGCAGAUAGGCAGGAGCAGGAAAGACAAAGGCUGUUGGAGCAACAUUUGGACAAAGAUCCUCAGCUGCUCUCAGCAGAUGACCGUAACAGCAAACGAGUCUGCAAAACCAACACUGACAACAAACAAAAAGACUCUGAUGAAGAAGACGACUAUCUCCCUAAGCCUGUAGAGCAGAAGGUCCCCAAGAGGCGAGGGAGACCGCCCAAGAACCCUGCCCUCCGCCAGCCACCCCAGCCUGCACCCAAACCACCUCCCACCUCUGAGCCAGAGGAGGAAGAGGAAGAGGAUGAGGAGGAGGAGACUGAAAGAACCUGGGAGGAGGACAAACCCAGCCGUCCACCGUCCCGUCCCCUGCUGUCCCCUUCUUCCUCCUCUUCCACCUCAGGGCCCCGGGCCCCACAGUCCCGGCCUCAGGACACAGAUAUGGGUGACAGGGAAGAAGACGAUGACGAUGAGGAGAGGGAGGAAGAGGAAUGCGGUAGCUUGGGCAGCGGUGGUGGUAGUAUCAGCAGACGAGCAGCAGCAACACCAGGUUCAGGAAGCAGGCGCAGUGAGGACCACGAUGCAGAUGAUGAAGGUGACGGACACUUAGAGGAAAAGAGCAACAACAGUAAGAAAAGAAAAAGUCAGGAGUCUGAAGAUGAGGAUGAUGAUGAAGAUGAGGAGGAGGAGCCUGCCUCCCGUGCAAGCUCUCCUCCAGUCAAAGAAGAACCCCAAGGCGGAGAAGCUUUUUUAGACAUGGAGAACAGCGUGGCCCGGGACUAUGUCAGCAAGCAGGAGGAGGAAGAAGAGGAGGAGGAGGAGGCUGAGGAGGAGGUGCAGGAGGCAAAGUGUCGACCCUCCUCAGCUGACUCACAGCAGGAAGAGAGGCGGCGCAGGGAGCAGGAGGAGUCUGCUGCAGCAGCUGCGGCAGUGGAAACAGUAACGGCCAUGUCUGUUCCCUCUGAACCUAUGGAGCUUCAGCCUCUGCACCCGGAGGACAAGGAUGUCACGCUGUUAAUGGAACCCCAGCACACACACUCACACUCCCACCCUCACCAGCACUCUGACUUCAAAGAGGAGCUGGGCCACCAUCACCCACACCAUCCCCAUCACCACUCCAAUGAGCUGGACCUGGAGACUGUGCAGGCUGUCCAGUCCCUGACACAGGGAGAAGCCCAGGACGAAGAGACUGAACCUCACCCACACCAUGGGGCUUACCAGGACUGUGAGGAGACCCUAGCUGCCUGUCGGACCCUGCAGAGUUACAGCCACACGGGGGAGACAGAAGAGGAGGCCCUGGCCUUAGUGGAGGAGUGUGGGGCCUCCCAACACAGCAGCCCCCUCCCUAAUCCCCCAAUGCCCCCCCUGCCCAGUCAGUCUGUACGAUCAGUGAACAGCCCAGGUUUGCCCUCGGGCAUCAUGGACACAACACCGGCAGGGCAGAGGGGAGGGACACCUGGCCCCACUGGAGCAGGGGGAAGUGGUGGAGGUGCUGGAGGUGGGUACACCCAGAUCACCCCAGAGCAUCCCAGUUCUCUGUCAGCACCCUCCCAGCAGAACAUGGAGACAUCUCCGAUGAUGGACGUGCCGUCUGUGUCAGACCACUCGCAGCAGGUGGUGGACAGUGGCUUCAGUGACCUGGGCAGCAUAGAGAGCACUACAGAGAACUACGACAACCCCAGCAGCUAUGAUUCCACCAUGGGUGGAGGGGGCAAUGGAACAGGGAAUGGGGGGAAUGGAGGGGGAAUGUCAGCUGCUGUAGUGGCAGGAGCGUCCACAGCUUCCUCAUCAUCAGCCUCCUCUUCCUCCAGCUCGGCCACCCCAUCCUCCUCCUCCCAGUCCAACAGCUGCUCCUUCGUGCCAGCCCCCAGCCUCACAUCUUCCACAGGAACAGGAGGAUCCCAGCUAGGGAUGGGCAGCUGUAGCCUCAUCCAGCAAACAGGACCGGGGCCCAACAGUGGACCAGGUGCCAGUAAUGUAGGCAGUGCUGUGCCACAACCCCCACCACCCCCACCACCGUCCAACACUCCCAGCUGUGGUAUCAAGUCUCCCCAGAGCUGUGGUGUGAUUGAGAGGCCUCCUAGCACCAAUCAGCAGCAGCAGCAGUCCCAAAAAAAGGUUCCACAGCAGCCUCCUCAACAGCAGCAGGCCCCCAACUCCCAGCCUCCACCCUCAGCUCCACCACCUCCACCGCAGCAACAGCAGCAGCCCCUUUCUCAGUGUAGCAUGGGCAAUGGCUUCGCCUCCACACCCAUGAUCAUGGAGAUCCCCGAGAGUGGAGGCGGCGGAGGGGGCCGCACCCUGUAUGAGCGCAUGGGUCAGGACUUUGGCACAGGGGGCUACCCCCAGCCCUCCGCAACCUUCAGCCUGGCCAAACUCCAGCAGCUCACCAACACCAUCAUGGACCCCCAUGCCAUGCCCUACUCUCACUCAGCCUCCGUCACCUCCUAUGCCACCAGUGUUUCCCUCUCCAACCCUGGGCUGGCCCCUUCACCCCACACUCCCCUCCCUCAGGGCCAGCCCACUAUGACCCCACCUCCCAACCUUAGCUCUGGCUCCAUGAACCUAGGCUCCCUGCAGCUGCAAUGCAACAUGCCCACCACUAACAUUGGUCUGGGUCCCCCACCGCACACGCAGCGACUGCAGGGCCAGAUGGCUACAGUCAAAGGCCAUAUUUCCAUCCGGUCCAAAGCCACUCAGCAGUUGGCUCCAGCCCCACACCAGCAGCAGCUCUAUGGCCGCAGCUCAGGGGCUGUGGCCAUGCAGGGCACACCUCGCACCUUGGCUGUGCAGCGUGGUAUGAUGCCAAACCUCAUGCCAACGCCGGCACCAUACAAUUCCAUGAACAUGACACCGCUCAAUGCCAUGUCAGCUGGCUACCGAAUGCCCCAACCCAUGAUGAACAGUGGUUACCACGGCAAUCCCCCUUACAUGAAUCAGCCAGCUCAGUACCCCAUGCAGAUGCAGAUGGGCAUGAUGGGAGGGCAGGGUUACCCGCAGCAGCCUAUGCAGCCCAAUCACCAUGGCAACAUGAUGUACACUGGUCCCUCCCAUCACAGCUAUGCUGGUGUACCAAAACAGUCACCUUACAUGAGCAGAUGAGCAGCAGGGAACUAAAAAAGGAGACAUGGUGCCAGAGAUGAUACUCGCUGUACUCUAAAUGUCCAUUACUCCUAUUCACACUCUCCAGUGCCGCAGCAGGCACCAGGGAGAGGUGGUGAUUGGAGGCAGAGCGGGUCUUUGGGUUUCCUGUUUUUCUAUGUUGUCAUUUUGUCCCUUUUUGUUUUUGGGCUCAUGUCCCUUCCCCGCUGGGAGCAAGUCGGGAAAGAUUCGGGGUUGGGGUGUGUACACGGACCUCGGCCAUCCCGUGCAGCUUCAGGCCAGGCCUACACAGUCCUCUGUAGACAAGCCCAAAAGUCUCCUCUUCCUCUUGAUGUGCAGGAGGAGAGUGGGGGAGGACAAGGAUAACGAGGAAGAUACACAGAGAAAGACAAUACAGGAGUACCUUGCUUUGUCAGACUGUGAAUGAAAAAACAGUGGUUAACUGAUUAUAUUCAACCAUGCACACAAUCUUUUAAUUGAUAUAGGAAGCCUUACCUUGAAAAAAAGAGACAAUGAAACAUUGUAGGCGGACUCUCAUUUUGUUUUGUUAAACUUAAUGUUGAACCUUAUUUUUGUUGUUGCUGUUUUUGUUGAUUGUUUUGAAAUACUCGUGUGCAGUCCGACCUCUUAUAUGCUUUGGUCUUUAUAUGUGUGGCAUUCUGAAAUGGUGAUAACACCCUCUUGCUCUCUCAGAAAUACCCCAACAUCAGACAGCUUUUCACCUAAUUCCAGAAAAGCAUAGGAGCGGGGCCUCCAGUAUUCAAGGUGUUGAGCCGUUUCCAGAAUCUCUGUCUUCCCGGAUGGACGGUGUCAAACCAAAAACACAGCAAAGACACAGUGGAGACGAGCGUGUUACUGUCUUAUAUGUCCAUGAAUAAAAUGAGUAGCAUUAUUUUCCAGUUUGCCACCACUCUGAAACGUUUGGAUGUAAAUAUUCUGGUACUUCCCAAUAUCCAGCAGCACUCACACACACACACACACACACACACACACACACACACACACACACACACACACACACACACACACACACACACACACACACACACACACACACAGACACACAGACACACAGACACACAGACACACACUGGCUAGCUGUCGCCAACUGGUGGCUAGCUCAGGAAAGUACAACAUUCAGCUGUUCUUGUCCACACUCCACUGACAGUGUACAAUGUCAGCCUUUUUUAGCAGUUUAGGAUACAAAUGGUGGGAUUGCCAUUUAACUGCUUUAAGGAAAGUCGGAUAACUAUUAGCUGACUCCUCCUUAAGUGUUAAUGACCCAAAGAGGUCGAGGAGUCUGCUUUUGAAUGGUGUAUUUUGUUAAAACUGUAUAUUUUUUCCUUUCUGCAAAAUUCUGCACUCACACUGGCUAGAAAUACGGCAGUAGACAGUUAGCCUUUAUAAAAGGUGUGCCUAAAUGCCUGAUCUAGUGCAUGGUUUGGCCCUCACAUAGAGGCACACUCGUAUAGAAGCAGGGUUGGAGGUGAGGAAGUGUUUGAGGUCCUGUUGGUCAUGGCGUUCAAAUGGCAGAGGUGAAACAGUUGACCUGGUUGCUCCAUGUACCAGUAUUCAAAGUCAAAAGAGGAGUUUUCAUUUUCUUACAGACCUGACAUUGCAUACUUUAUUUGUGUGUGUUGUUCUGUUCUGUACUUAUUUUUUUGUUUGUUUCUUUCUGAAUUUUAUCAGACUGGGCAGCUUUCUUUUAUGACACAAGCUGACUCUUUUUGGACUUUAGAAAACCUAUUGUAGAGAAAAUGUUUUUUCUAUAAUAUAAAAGGAAAUUCUGACAUUGAUAUUGGUACUGUCAUUUUUUUCACUUCUGUUUCAGGAAAAAAAACAAUACAUAUUUUUUAGCUCGCCUCUUGGGUAAUAAUUACUAAGAAAUUCAAAAUUUAAAAAAAUUACCACUCACUUUUAGUGACUUUAAGAUGCCUUUAACCUCUCCAUUCCAUCUCAUCUCUAGAGUUUUUCUAUCUUUGUGUAGUAUAUUAAUGCUAUUUUAAACAAAAGGACUACAAAUAUCUAAAGGUCACUUGGCAUUCUUUUCUUUUUUUUUUACUUGUGUGUGUAUAGGAUGACUUCCUUACAUUUAAGAGGCAUGUAAAAAUGAGCUCAGUAUAUUUCUGUCUGUUUAUAUCGCUUCCCUUUUUGUAUCCUUUGUAAUUGUACAUGUUGCGUUGUAUGCUAAGAGAGAGCGCAAAAUAAAGAGAGGAGUGACAGCUGGGCACACAGUGAAGGUUGAUUUGCGCUCAGCGGCCUCAACUCUCUACUCUGUCCCUGUAUGUAUUUCCAUUUAUUCGUUUGUUUUUGUUUUUUUUUUCUUAGCAAGUACUUUCAAAGAACUCUGUACAUUUUAACAUAAAAUGAAAAUAAAUUAUGUUGAGCCAUU